GCUGGGCCCCCUCCCCCAUAUCGGCAUCCAAGGCUCCAAGCUCCAUCUUAUCUCUUUGAUACUUAUUCUGCAUCUUUUGUGUCCGCCGAUUCUGUAUUGCUUCCUCCUCUUGCGCCAUCCCGCCUGGCAGAAGUGCGCGCGCUUCCAGUGCUUCACCCAUCGGACGCGACCCCGCAUAAACUUUUUGUAUUCGCUACCUAUGGCGUGAAGAUCCCAUCCCCCCUGUUUUGAAUAUAUCUAUCGGCCGUCACCAUGUCGCACGCUUGGCUGGAUUCGCUGACGGAGGACUGGGUCUCCCAGCCCGGGUCCUCGCCUGUGCAGCCGUCGCCCGCGCAGUUUGCGCUGGUAAAGUCGUCAGCGAAGAAGAGCUCGGCUUCGCCAUCGCCAAAGCCCACGCCCAGUCGCAUACCGCGUGCGCCCUGGAGACACCCCGGCGCAGUUGUUCCCAAGCCGCAGGACAAAAGCAUGACUAUUUUGGAGGGCGAUCGCAGCCCGAAAGGAAGAGGAUCGCCCAAGAAGCGCCUGUUGAAGUUUCCCGCCGAGCGCAAACGCGACGACAAAUUUCUCAAGCGCUCGCCGUCACCAGCAUUUACCGGAUCGGUGGUUGUGCGCAAGAACAUCCCGCAGCAAAGCCCCGACACGCCGGGAAAAUCCAACACGCCGGAAUGGAAGCGACGACUUGUACACGGCAAGAUGCAGUAUGGAGAGCAGCGCGACCUGUUUAGCUCGGCAGCCGUUGGGCUACAGGACAUGUUUAAGCCGCCGCCCUCUAGCGACGCCGACGCCGACUCACCCUCACCUUCUCCUUCUUUCUCUCACAAUCUCGACUCCCCGUCGCCAAACCUCGAGCCUCCAUCGCCGAGCCCUGAACUGCCACCCCUUCAAUCUCCUAGCACAGCAGAUUUAUACGAAACAGAAAUGCCGUCGAGCCCGCCAGCGCCGCAGGCACCGACAAUUAACUUGGAAUCUGAGGGAGAGGCCACCACUGAUGGAGGCAUCUUUUCAGAGCAGAUCACACCGAGUCCGAGCCCUAGAAGGCCUCUACGGGAUAUUAAAUACAAACUCAACGUCGAAGAAGAUUCCGACCUGUCAUUUAUGAGCAAUGAUAGUCAUAUUGACCUCCCUGCGCAUCCCGACGAGCACGACGAGGAACACGACGAGGAACACGACGAGGAACACGACGAGGAACACGACGAGGAACACGAUGAGGAAUACGAUGAGUAUGAGGACGAAGAGCACGACGAAGAGCACGACGAAGAGCACGACGAGGACCAUGACGAGGACCACGACGAGAAUCACGACGAGGAAUACGACGAGGAAUACGAUGAGGAGCACGACGACGAGCAUGAUGAGGGACAAGACGACGAACACGAUCAGCAACUCUCUCAAGACGAUAGUUACCUUGCGAUCCCCUCCUUGAUUGACGGCGCAUCCAGAAAAGCCAGCGGCCAGAGUUAUACAAAAAAUGAAGACUUCAGCCCCAUUUUGAUCGGCAGGCAAAGCAAUGACGACGGAAAAAUCGAAUUCACCCCUCUUGAAAUGCCUGCAGAUGAACUACGACAAAGACUCGAGCGGCUGCAACUCAACCAGAUGAUCUUGGACCCUUCACAUAACGCGUCUGAUAGCGCGGUGGAUGCAAAACCACCAAAUUCUAAUCCGAUGGAUGGCUACGAACACGAAUACCACUUCGAUACUUCUCAUGGAAGCAGUAAUUCGUCUGGUGGGUCAUUGCGACAUCACGCCCUGAGCCCUGACUUGGGCGUGGAUUGGUCGGAAAUGCUGGGCGAGGAUUCACUGCAAGCUAGCACGCCGAAGCAGUUUCCAAGUCUGAGGACUCAAGAAGCCGACUCGAAAUUGGCCAGUGGCUCGCUGUUUGACAGCCCCGAUGUGCCUCGGGCUCCGUUUCCAAGCCCCAUCAAGAGGCAAGUUCGUGACACUGGCAGCAGUCAAGCAAACUCAAACCCCUUAAAGCUUUUUGGGCCAUAUGACACCUUUACCAAUCAGACUUUGCUUCGACGCAUCAGCCAGUUUGAAGAGGGCAUGUCUGGUAAAAACUCGCGCGAGAGCUCGCGUGAGAAUUCGCCAGAGGCCUCGCCUUUUACACCUAGUCAUAACCAGAAACAAUUCGAUCAUACUCCCACGCCAAAUAGAUUUGUUAGUCAUUUUGGAGCUGGUGAGCUGGAGGGGUACGAAUUCACGAACGAGCUGUCUCACUCACCCGCCGAGCAGCAUUCCAGCCCCCUUUUCAAGGAGAACGUAUCACCAAAUCCUCCCUUGGCUGCCAAAGGCGCCUUAAAGCUUAUCCCUCCAGAAUUAUGGCUCCACGAAUACUCUUCGCUGCAUGUUCGCAGGAAUCGGAAAACCUCCCGGGCGUCCUCAGCUGCUACUGACAGUAGAUACGAUUUUAUGUCGUCCAGUUCACCUGACAAUUCUGCCAGUCCCCAGGAUGAAGCCUACGACGAGUCCUGGGCGACAAAGCGUGAUUAUGGCUCUGAAUCCAAGCGGCCUAGAACAUCUCCUACUAAACACCCAACACCGAAGCGCCGCCGCACGCUUCAUCGAUCUGAUAUUGCAUUUGGUAAUGAAAAUUGGAAAGCACUUUUGUCUCCCAAACGCGAAAAAUUCCUCCGUGGACUCGCAAAGCAGCGGAAACGCUCGCAGUCCGACCGCUCUGGCUCUGGUGAUACUCAUGACGUGGGACGAGUGUCUGGGGCCCAAUCUCGUUCUUCGGCUGCCACUUCAAGGUCAUCACAAGAUGAUGUUUUUCAGGGUAAGUCACGUCGAUCGACGGCAAGGUCGGUUAAGGAAGAGACUGAGCCGAAUGCUCCAGGCGAGUCUGAGCGUAAACCAUCUAUACGAACUCAGGAUUUCGUGGAUCAGGCUGCACAGAUCAUGGCUAUGAUUCGCAGCCAAGUCAGCCAGCCAGGGUUGACAAGUCUUGAAGAAUCUGAAUUGGAAAUUGGCCAUACUACGAUGAAUGCGACGGUUGAAGAGUCAGACGGAUCCACAGCUGAGCCCUUCUCCCGACCGCCAAGUCGAGACGGAAAACCAAUACCCAGACGAUCGAGACAGCAAGAAGAUCCUGAAGUUGUAAAACGACUCAAAAAGUACCAGGAACUGAGUGAUAUGGGUGAUGUGAUUACUUCCUCAGUGAGGUCAAUGGGUCUUGCAAAGGAUGCAAUCCGUGCUGCCAAAGAAGUUGAAAGAAUGGUUGAUAAAGCCAGCAACCGUGCUCGGACAGGCGGUGGUGGUUCAAAUUUUGAGUCGGCGAGUGAAUCAACGAGCCCUGUACAUGAUUUGUUCUCCAGCACUUCUGCCCGUUCCACAAGUCAUAUAUUUCCCACCUCUUCAUCGAGGGGCUCUGAAUCACGCAAAAUGAUUGCUCCCGAGAGCGUUUCGCAUCUGAUUCCAGACAAGAUAGGUGGCAUGUAUCUGGAUAAGCAAAACAAUAUUUGGAUUAGAAACAAAGAGUCGAAGAACUCUGCAACAUCUCACGCCAUGGGCUCUGAGGACAGCGAAGAAGAUCCAUUUGCCAACAUACCCGAUCUGUCUGUUGACAUGACGGAAGAGAUGCAGCAUUUGAAGCAGACAUCUCGAGGCCGCGACGGAAUACCUGUGCCCAAGGAUGGCGGCUCUCGACAGAGCUCAGCGCAAUCGCAUUCGCUGAAGAGCUACACAACUCUUGCAGCUUACGAGCCCCUUGACCCUGAGGUAGCAGCGAGGGCCAGAGGAGAGAUUGAAAAGCUCGAUGCUCAGCCCGGAGACAGUAUCAAAAGUGCAGAAGAAUUAGGAGGCAGCGGCUUGCCCGUUCUUAAAGCGAAGUCGAGUCUUGAUGCAUUGAGCUCUAAGCGCCGUAAUAUUACCAUCUCGUUCACAUCGCCCAUUGCGUCCAUCGUUUUGGGUGUGCUGCCAGAGGAUAUUGAAGGCCUGGAGGACGACCCGGAGCCCGACACAUCGAUUUCUCCUCAGCUCCAGGCAGCUCCUUUCAGCACCCCAAAGAGUGCUAUACAGGGCUCCUUGCGAGGACUUCGUUCUGGGUCGGUGUACGGAACCAUUUCUAGCACCAAGUUUACCCCUCGGCCCGUUUCGCGAAUAGACGAGCAAGAUGAAGAGAGUACGGUAGAGGUGCACAACCAGAAACAGAGUCCAAACGAAAGCCAAAACCAGAGCCAGAGCCAGAGCCAGAGCCAGAAUGAGCGACAUGCUAGCUUUAUAGGCGACAAUACGUCACUGAGUCUGAAAUCGCUUGAAGGCGGACCAGGCCUUGGGUUCCUUGUGAAUCAAACUCCAACCCCGGCAAACCGUCCCAUCUCGAUGAGAGCCGACGACAGCCUGCUCAUUGGCCGAAACGUGGGAAAGUAUUCACUAAGUCCCCUCUCAGAGUUUACUAUGAACAAUGCGGACCGGUCCUUCGGACUCGAAGUGAGCUAUGUCAUGGCCAACAAGCGCAUGGCGACGGGCGACGGCUCAAAGAAGGUGCUGUCUAUGACGAUACGAGACCUCGUGGAAAAGCUUUCUGAAGCUGAGCCGCAUGAGCCAUAUUGGGAGGAUAUGACCUCUCUCGCUCUCCCAGAUAAACAACUGACCAGCUUACACAUGUUGAACGAGUUUUGCUCCAAACUCAUCACCCUAGAUGCGUCAAAAAACUCUCUGGGGCAUCUGGAUGGAGUCCCCGAAUGUGUGCGAGACUUGAAAGUGUCCAACAACAUGUUGACAGAGCUUACGUCGUGGGACCAUCUCAUCCAUCUCGAGUACCUUGACAUUUCUAACAAUGAAGUUAAGAGCUUGUCAGCGUUGAAGAGGCUCAUUCACUUGCGAAAUUUGAAGGCCGAUAAUAAUCUGCUGACAACCUUGGAUGGAUUGGAUACUCAUGAUGGCCUUCUCAAUCUAAGAGCGCGAAACAACUUUAUUGAGGAGCUAGAUUUCUCCAUGGUCAAGUGGGGGCGUUUGACAAAACUCGAUGUGGCUUCCAACAGGAUUACGUCGGUUCGAGGCUUGCAUCUGCUCCCGGCGAUUUCCAAGCUCGAUGUUUCUGACAACCAACUUCAAACGCUUGUUUUUGAGAAGGCCAACAGGGCGCUACAAGAUCUGGACAUCAGCGGCAAUGACCUCGAAUCCUUGGAUGUUCGAAAUCUUGGCAACUUGCGUACACUUUAUGCCGAUCGGAACUGUAUCAGUCACAUAUCUGGCUUCCGUUACGCUCGUCGGGUGGACAGCGUCUCUCUGCGUGAACAGCGAGGCGAUGACCCGCUCGAGUUGGAUUUCCUAACUAGUGCCUGCGAGAUAAGAAAGCUGUACCUGUCUGGAAAUUAUAUGCAAUCAUUUACGCUAAAGACCGAUUUCCUUAACUUGCAGCUGUUGGAGCUCGCAAAUUGCGGGCUAGAGGUGUUGCCUGAUGAAUGUGGCCAAUUAAUGCCCAAUUUACGAACACUGAAUAUCAAUUUCAAUGCUAUUCGGGACUUAUCAUCUUUGCGUUUCAUCCCACGGUUGAAGAAGCUGCUGGCGGCCGGGAAUCGACUUUCAAAUACGAUGGCGGUAACGGAGCUUUUGACGGAUUUCCCUCAUCUCACUGAGCUGGAUCUGCGAGAUAACCCCAUCACCCAGGGCUUCUAUCCUCCCGUCCAGAUGCUGAUCAGCGCGGACAAGCUGGGAAGCGCCGACUCCUUUGUGAUGCCAGAUGCAGAUGUGGAGAGAGAUAGGGCUUUCGCGAAGCGACGAGAUGAGACUACAAAGCUGCGUCGCCGUCUCUACGAAGUGGUCUACGUUGCUAGUUGCAAGCGCCUUCGCAAAUUAGACGGCCUGGCGAUUGACCGUGAGAAGAUGUUGACCAAGGAUGUUCUCCUGCAAAGACUUGUUGACGAUGGGCUUUUGCCAGAGCUCGAAGAGACUUUGGUUGACGAUCACGAGUCUGCACAGCAGCAAGAGCAAGUGGCAUCGCGGCCGCGUAAUCCAGCUAGAGGAGAGUACACUCAAGAAACGACGCGCAGUCGAUGGAACGCUGAGGAUAGCUUUGCAUAAAAAGACGGAGGGCAAAGACUCAAAAGAGAGGAAGUGAACGUACAAAGAACGUACAAAGUGACGAAGUUUAAAAAGUAAUGGUAAUUGUUUUGGGGGUUGUUGUUUUCGAUUGGGCGUUUUACUGGCAUCUACACGAGGCGUGUUUGGAUUCUUUUUUAGGGGUGUUUGGUUAUGAUGAUGGCAAGGCAAAGGAGCGCAAAAAACACUCCCUCCCUCUCUCUUUGAUAGGUGGCGUUUUGUUACAAAGAAUAAUGGCACAAGGCCAGGCCAGGCGCUUGUAGGUCUAUGAUAUAUUGACUUUUUUUUUUAGUACCUUUUCCUUUUCAUAGUCUUUUUUUCUAUCAUUGUUUUUUUGGAGCGUGGCUAUGGUCUGCAAAAGGGGGGAAUAGCUAGAUGUUGUAUGAGUACGGAAUACUAGGGAGUAACAUGAUGAUAUCCUGU